UUCCUGUUUUUAUUCCGCCAGUGUCUGGUUUGUGCUUCCAAUAGUCUACUAUAGUCACAGAAAUAUUGAAUGUACUGUUCAAGAUGUUCAAGCUAUAGCGUUUCAGCCAUGGGAUAAAAUCGACUUUGGUAUUGAAUCGGAAGAUUAUCUUGAAUGUGGUGUAUAAAAAAGUAGUGUGUUCGAGAGUAGGUUUGGUGAGGGGCAUGUCCACGUUAAGAAAUACUGCCCAUUGUGUGAAUGUCGACUAAAAUUCAGACGACGAGGGGGUAGAGAUUUGAGAAAGAGGAGGGACUGCCACAGUGUCGAACGCGCCUAGCCAAAUACCGUCGGGGCACUGCUUAUUCCACUGUUCUCAGCACAGGGGCAAACUUAAAGCGAACGCUUGCUUGCUGUGGCACUCGCCCAGAUAGGUCACUUUCAUUUGGACGCGCUCAAAACUUUUCGGUGACGAAGUUCCACUUCUCCGUACAUUGUCAAAAUAAGCUCUCUUAUCUAUUUUGUUCAUAGUCUAUGUAGUGGUAAGGUAGUAGAUGCUUUGAUAAGGUUCAUAGCUGAUAUGUGCGACUACACUUUGUAGUUUGAAGUUUUAUUUGAGCCUUUUAGAGAGCUAAUGCUACGUUCUUGUUUGACAUUUCUCGCGUUGAAAACAGACUGCAAAACGCCAUACACCGCUCUGCAAUGGAAGUGCCUCCUUGCAAUUCUGUGUCUUUUUGUCCCAAAAAGUUACAGUGGACUCUGUUACUGCUCUGGUUAACCUGUAGUAGUCACGGGACGUGGGCAACGGUGCCUAGAAAGUUUUCAACGAGCACACAGCUCAACAAAGAGAUGUCCGGACCGUCACGAACACCCAUUUACGAGAAAAGAAACUGGUGCCCCAACACGGUGACAAAGACGGUGACAUGCCACGUGCACAAUGGAACGAUUCUCCAGCGUGUGUACCAGACCUGUCGCUGGCCCCAAGGGUGUACAGGGGGAAGCUACCGCACUGUGGUGCGUCCGUCCUAUAAGGUGGUGUACCGCACUGUUACAGCUCUUGAAUGGAGAUGUUGUUCAGGCUUCACUGGAGCUCAAUGUGAAGGAGUGUCAGAAAACCAGCUACUGGCCCAGGAGACUGUGCGAAAACAGAACUCUAUUACCAGACCUACACAGACAGGGGAGAUGCAAAGCUGUCUGAAUUGUAGUCAAAUAACUUUCCUGUCUGACCGCCUAAGGACUCUGGAGGCAAAGGUUCAGAUCCUCACUGACCCCGCCUCUUCCCAGGACCACCUUCAAGCCAAAGGUGGAUCAGCAUCAGAAUCCACUCGAACGGCUACCGCUCAGGCCAAAGGGUCUCCUGCUUCACGGGGCUCUGUAGGCACACAGGCUGAGAGAGGCAGAGAUGGAAGCCCUGGCCGUGAUGGGACACCAGGGUCUCAGGGACCCCCAGGCCCAAAGGGAGAAGCAGGUGUGAGGGGUCCUGUUGGAACGCCAGGGUCACAAGGGACUCCCGGACCCCUGGGACCCCGUGGACCACCAGGUCUCCUAGGGGAGAGAGGUCUGCCCGGCCCUCCUGGCCCUGCUGGCCCUCCUGGGACUCCAGCCCCUGUUCCGCAGCCAGACAUAGGCCGGUCGAAAGACCUGCUUCUCUCUAAUGCAUUUCCAGACCAGAGGGGGGCAUCUGUGCCAGGGCCCCAAGGGCCCCCAGGAGCCGUAGGUCCUCCAGGAUCAGUUGGCCCGGUGGGACCCCCUGGCCCAAUGGGACUGAGUGGAAAGGCAGGGACUCCUGGUGUGCAGGGCCCAGUUGGGCCAAAGGGUGAACGGGGUGAACGAGGACCUUUGGGAUAUCCAGGAGAUAGAGGGUUCAAAGGAGAUCCAGGAGUGUCAGGACCCAAGGGUGAGCCCGGAGUGAAAGGCCUCCCGGGGGAUGGAAUUCACCAAAUCCGUGAAGCACUGAAGAUCUUAGCCGAGAGGGUUUUAAUCCUCGAAACUAUGAUCGGUAUCCACGAGCCAGAUAUUGGAUCAGGGGACGGACCCUUCAGCACCACAUCAACUGGAUUCUCCCGCAACAAGAGGACCGGUCCCGUGCCACUCCACGUCCUGUCUUCUCUUCUCACUACAAAUCAAAAGUCCCCCGGGGAAUAACCCUCAUCACCAAGAGGAUCUGAAGAUGUUGAUCUUCUCUCAGAUAUCUCUCAGACAGGCACCACCACUUGCAAUUUUCUCAUAUCCUUAUCUCACUGAUUUUGUAAUUGUCCAUGAUGCCCUCUCUAGGACAUAGGAUCUAGCAAGGAUGGGAGAAACCUCAGGGAAGAUGGGUGGAUGGAGUGGGGACUGCCUCCUUGGAAAUCUCUAGCACAUUCUCCAUCUGUAUAUGGAUUCUGCCACACCACAAAAUGAUUCCUACAAGUGAAGUUUUCUGUAGAUACAAAACUCAUUUCUGGAAAACAAAGCAAAGGAUACUGGAAACAUCCGGAUGCUGUAACAGGAUGUGAUGACAAACUUACAGUAUAUACUGUAUAUG